CGAACUCACAUUGGGGAUUGUCCCCUCCACUCUCCACUAUUCACUCUCUUUUGAAUUUUGGAAUUAGGCAUCUGGUAGGGCUGUUCACCUUCCUCUUCCUUUUCCUUUACCUUUUUCUUUUCCAAUCUCUGACAUUUAAUACCAAAACCCACAUCCCCAUUUUUCACAAACCCAAUACCAAUACAAAAUCAAACACAAUCCCAUUUCUCUCCUCCAUCCCCACAUGAACACCAUCAUGUCCAAAUCCCCCCACGACUCCUCCCUCUCCUUCUCCAAGCGCUACUUCAACUGGAAAAACAAAUUUCAACACAAUGAAGAAGAAGAAGACCCACAACAACAACAACAACAAAUCUUGUCCUUCACUUUGUCCUCCCGCUUCACUGACCAAGAUAAGGAAGACCAGAAGCCCAAACCGGAGAAGAAGAAGAAGCCUUCACCGGCAUCGUCGUCGAACCGACCGGCGGUCUCCAGGAUUCGAACUGCUUUGACUGUAUUUGGGCGGAUCCGGGCGAGCCACCGGCGGUCGCGGGUCGGCGGGCGGGUCGUGGGUACUCUAUUCGGGUACCGACGGGGGCGUGUGUAUUUCGCGAUACAGGAAGAUCCAAAGCAGAAUCCGGCGUUUCUGAUCGAGCUGCCGACGGCGACGAGCGUUCUGGUGAGGGAAAUGGCGUCGGGAAUGGUCCGAAUGGCGCUGGAAUGCGAGAAGAGAGGGGAGAGAAGGAAGAGCUGCAAGCUGGUGGAGGAGGCGCUGUGGAGGACGUACUGCAACGGGAAGAAAUGCGGGUACGCGGCGAGGAGAGAGAUCGGGGCGGAGGAGCAGAAGAUUCUGAAGGCGGUGGAGCCGAUAACGAUGGGGGCCGGGGUUCUGCCGGCGGGGAAUGGAGCGAAUGGGUCCGAGUCGGAGGGGGAAUUGAUGUACAUGAGAGCGCGAUUCGAGCGAGUCGUCGGGUCCAAGGACUCGGAAGCUUUUUACAUGAUGAGCCCGGAUUGUUGUGGUGGAGGGCCUGAACUCAGCAUUUACCUGCUUAGGGUUUGAUCCCUUUUUUGAUUUUUUGGGGUGGAAAUUUUGGAUGGUGUUUUUGGGGGGAUUUUGAUUUACAUUCAAUGCAUUGUUGGAAGUAAUGGCGCAUUGAUUGAUCGAUAUGUAUAGUUUUUGUUCAGAUUGGUAUUGGUUUUGUGGGUAAAAUUGAAUCCAAAAAUUUUCCCAAUUCGAGAUUCCAAA